AUGGAUUUGUUUAAGGACGGACAAGCUAAAAAACAACCCAGUGUGGAGUGUCUCGGUGAAAAUGAAUGUAACAUGGUUAUUCGAGCGGGAGGCGACCUAGCCGUGAUCGCAGAUCCCAGAACACUGCGUAACCUGACAGCCACGGAGAAGGAUUUUCAUGCUGCUCCGGACUUUGAGAAAGUCCAAGUAGACAUACAACCAUACAUGCGGAAGAUACUCGCUGUGUGGAUGUUUCAGGUACUGCAAUGAACCAGACAUAGGCAGCCAAUCAUGUUGCAUAUUUAACAAAGACGAUCAAUAAUACACCAUUUGGCUCUCUUUAGGUGUGUGAGGAACAAAAAUGUGAGGAGGAAGUGUUCCCACUGUCGGUGUGUUACCUGGACUGUUACCUGAGCCGGUUUGCUGUUGAUAAGGCCAACCUGCAGCUGUUAGGGGCUGUCUGUAUGUUCCUGGCAUCUAAAAUGAGAGAGACUGUCCCCCUGACUGCCAGCAAGCUUUGUAUCUACACAAACAACUCCAUUUCAGUUUCAGACAUCUUGGUAAAUCUUUAUGUCAUUAUGGACUACAAAAACUUUGUCAAAGAUACAUUCACUUACUGCCACAGCACCAGCAAUCUAUUGGAACCAUUAAUAUUAGGGGGGUCAGGGGUAAAAGUUGGUGCCUCUGCAUUAAGUGUCAGCUUUUAGGUAAUAUUACAUAGGGGAGAGUGGGGUAAGAUGAGCCAUAUUUCAUAUUUCAGAUCACUACAUCAAGGCAAUCAUAGUUUUGUCUCUAACUAGUGUAUCUACAUAUAUUUCAAGAUGUUGUGCAUCCCUGCAAACCAACAGAAUGAGUGUAAACAGAACUGUCUCCCAUGGUCAACUUACCCCGUGUAUGGGGUAAGUUGAACCGUAUCCGUACUACCCCCCACUCUCCACCCCAGCCCUCCCUCACCUUCUCUCUUUAACAGUCACUUCUACAUAUUCAUGUGUAUUUUUUAUCUAUUAUACCCUAUUCAACUGGUACAAUAAUUCUUUUUAUUAUUAUUGCAUAUAACUGCUAAAAAGCUGUUUUGUAAAAAAAAAAAUAAAAACAUGAGAAUGUCUUGAAGUGAUUCAGAACAUUCACAGCUGUAGUUUUGAAAAGAAAAAGUAACACAUUUCAACAAUCUGAACUGAAACUCUGAUCCUCUCAUCAGACUCCUUUACUUUCUCAGUUGAUCCACUGGCUCAACUUACCACAGAACUACUAUUAUGACUUAAUUAGUCAUAAUUAAACUUACAUGGUGGACUUUUAUGUUAGGUUUUUGACCUCAUGUUGUAGCUCAUAGAUACCACAAUUGAUGUGUAAAACAAAUUUAAAAUGAUCCUUUUCUGUUUGAACACAAUUCUAAUAAAACUUAGGACAGACUAAAUUCACUUCAAGAGUGGCAAAUGUUUUUUUUUUUUUUUUUGGGAAAUAAAUGUCUAAAGUAUCCUUAAUGCAAUGUUUCCAAAGAGGGGAUCAAGAUCCUUAGCAGGGUGCUUUCCCAGAAAAAGUCCAAUGAUACUUCAGCAGUUAGAAAAACUGAAUUGUAGGACAGUUUAACCUUGUAAGACUAAUCAAAAGUAUCCAAAUGAAAAUAAUUAAAAGGUGGUAACAGAAUGACAAGUUUUUAUGAAUUUGCAUUUUAAUGGAGGACUGGCUUAGAGAAGUGUGUGUGUGUGUGUGUGUGUGUUGCAGCAAUGGGAGGUGGCAGUGGUGUCCAAGUUAGACUGGUGUUUGGCCUCUGUGGUUCCCUCUGACUUCUUGGAGCCCAUUCUUCUCGCUCUCCCUGUUGUUUGGCCCCAACAUCUUCCGAACAUACGUAGGCAUGUUCACUCCUACAUUGCCCUGGCAGCCACUGGUAAGUUACAUAACCAAGUUACCAACACAUGAGGUGUUUUCUUUGCAAACAAUAAAUGUACGCGAAGUUGAUGCCUAUCAAGACUGAGGGAAAUAUCUUUUCCAAGACUAAUUUCCUCAGUCAUUCUUAUGUGAUGAAUUAGUUUUGUGCUCAGUAAUAUGUACUCUUGUAUUGACUCCACUGUAACAGAAGCAGGAUUUUUCAGAUUGUAUGAACUUUUAUUCAAGAUAUUUUUUGAGCAUUGACAAUUUACUUUCUGGCAGCCAACAAUAGACACAUAGCAGCCAUGACUCUGAUCACUAUGCGUCAGCAGUUCAUUUUGGAGUCAGAGAGCUGAGUUUGUGUAAUCCUGUAUUGUCUGCUUUGAAAGACCUGUGUCCGACCAUUCAGCUGGCUGUUUCCCACGAAUCUCUGUGAUGCUGCCUGAGGCAGCAGUGUCACAGUUAGUCAGUUCGUUAAUUUUGAGACAAACUAUGACAUUACAGCCCAUAAAAUCAAAAUACUUCCUGGCUCCUGACAUUGUAUUCCAGUCAAAAGGGUGUCUUAGUGUGCAUGGUUGACUUUUGUCUCAGCAUUUUUCUUGCCUCAAGCAUUUUGGAUGUUGUGUCAGAUUAUUAGGUUUUAGGAAAUGUCUGCUAUCCCUAUCAUCUAUCAGGGUGGGUCUGCCAGGAUGGCAUCCAUCUUCAUGUCUACAUAUAACCUCUACUGACCCUUUUCCAUUGUCUUCUGCCAUGUCAAGUGAGUUUAAAGGGGUCAUCAUUGAAAGAAAACAAAACUUAUAAUCUCUCUCUUUUUUUCACAGACUGUAGGUUUUCAGAGUUCUUGCCCUCCAGUGUUGCUUGUGCCUGUGUGAGCAUUGCCAUGCAAAGGCUAAUGUUAGUGGACUCUGCCUUCACUCCUGAUUCAUUUAUGACGUUUUUGGCCAACCUUCUGGCCAUUGAUUUGGUAAGGGUAAUGUUUAACUGACAUCUAUUUUGACUUUGCCCUAUUGUCAACACUGCCUGAAGAGUCUCCUGGUCAAACAGUACGAGAAAAAGUACAAAUUGUCAACUGGUGUUCAGAAAAGCAAUAAUACAUGUACAGUAUGUAGUUGAUGAUCCUCUUAAAAUAUGCUCAUGAACCUCUGGAUGUUUUUCUUUGAAUAUGACCCUGAACAGAACUCUGUCCUCCUCUGCCACGAUCAGCUAUGGGGUGUGUUGGAGCUCAGCCUGCCAACUUCUUUUCAGCACAGUGUUUGCAGAUCAGGAGAACAUAGCUCAGAGGUCAGCAAUACCCCUGCUGACAUUCAGGAUGUUGUACUGAAAUCAGUCCAAAACCCUUCUCCCUGUUGA